AUGUGGACUCCUACAGGUGGACGGACCGCAGGGGGGACAGAAAGAGCUCAUGAUAAGUUGAUCAGAGCCGGACUUCUUCGCCAGUCGCAUUCAGGCAUCUUUCAUCUUCUUCCUAUGGGCUACCGCAUCCAAAGCAAACUAGAGUCUCUGAUUGACAAACACAUGCAAAGCCUGGGCGCAUCCCGGGUUGCCUUGUCUUCCAUCACUUCCAAGAAGCUGUGGCAACAGAGCGGUCGCUACGAGAAACUAGGUUCAGAGCUUUUCAACUUCCAGGACCGCAGGGGAGCUGACUACAUGCUUGCUCCUACGCAUGAAGAAGAGGUGACUUCACUGGUGGCUCAGUCUGUCAAGUCAUACAAAGAGCUCCCACUCCGCCUAUAUCAAACGACUCGUAAAUACCGAGAUGAACUUAGACCCCGCCAUGGUUUGCUGCGGACUCGAGAGUUCACCAUGAAAGACCUAUAUACGUUUGACGUGGAUACAGCUGCUGCCAUACAGACAUACGAGCAGGUGCAAGGUGCAUAUGCAUCGUUCUUCGGUUCGCUUGGCCUUCCUGUUGUUAAAGCCAGGGCUGGGUCAGGCGACAUGGGCGGAGAUUUAAGUCACGAGUACCAUUUCACCUCCCCGAUCGGCGAAGAUCUGAUAAUGAAGUGUAACAACUGCGAGUUCGCGGUGAAUUCAGAUAUCGCCGAGCAGCCCGCAAAUGACAGCGCCAUGGAUGCUCAACAUUGCCCCAAAUGCGAGGCUGGGACCCUUGAGGCAAAGGAAGCACUCGAGGUCGGUCAUACUUUUCACCUGGGUACUCGCUAUUCAGAACCUCUUGGUGCCCGUAUUGCACUCCCAACGACCUCGCAAGGAGAUUCGCAAAGUGCGGAUACAUCAGCUGCGAGGGCAUCAACCCACAUACAGAUGGGAUGCCAUGGCAUUGGAGUGUCUCGUCUGAUUGGUGCUGUCGCAGAGCACUUCGCUGACCCAGUUGGCCUACAAUGGCCUCGUGCCAUUUCGCCUUACGAGGUUGAAAUAGUCUUUGCCGACGGCCUGGAAGCGCAGGCGGUUCAGAUCUACGACGACGUCGUGCAUGGCUUGAGCCAUACCACCGACGUCCUGCUGGACGAUCGACCUGUCUCGCUCCCAUGGAAACUGAAAGAUGCCGACCUCACCGGCUACCCAAUUGUGGUCGUGCUGGGGCAAGUUUGGAAGAAAACCGGGAACAUAGAGAAGAAAAGAGGCAGACCAGGCGAGGCGCUGUUAUCAGUGCAAUACAUAAUCGUCGACAAACUGAAGAUGGCUUCACAAGGUGGUGAGACAGUAAAUCUCUCCACUUUGGAUGUUCAACAACUUGGCCAGGUGAAGAAGCAGAUCGAAGAGGAGCUUGAGCAUUUAACGCAGUCUUUCGCCCAGCUGCAUGCAGUUCAGGGGAAAUUCAAGGAAUGUCAGCGGAUCGUCAAGACGCGUCCCGGAUCGACUGAAGGCGAGCGAUCUGUGCUUGUUCCUUUGACCAACUCACUCUAUGUGCGAGGCGAACUUUCGGACCCCGGUCGCGUAAUUGUUGACGUAGGAACCGGCUUUUACGUCGAAAAGGAGAGCAGCGCAGCUGAGUUGUUUUACAACGCAAAAAUACAGCAAUUGGCCCAGAACAUACAGGACCUUGAAGUUAUUGUGCAACGCAAAACUGCCAAUGUGAGAAGUGUUGAAGACGGUACGUCUUCCUUGCUAUUGCGCCACGCCCUCACCCUCCUCCGCCUUUCACCAAUAUUCUCUCACACAUUAUACAGUACUGAGGCAAAAGGUCAUUGCUGGACAAGCCAGCGAGACUCGAUAAUUUUUCAACCAUAG